GCUACUUGGCAAACUCCUUGCGGAGGACAGCGAGGCUGGUCGCACCCUUGCUGGCGCGCGUAGCCGCUCCUGGCUUGGCCAGGUUGGUCUGGUGACGAAGAGUCGCAGCAUGGGUCGAUGCUUGCUCAAAAUUGGUCCCCUGAGCUUUCUCGCAGACCGUGACGACACACACCCAGUCCUCCCUCGAACCCCCUGUGGAGCGGAACAUCAACAAGCAUUAUGCGAAUCAGAUCAGGCGAUACAUCGGCCGAGACCGACUUCAGGACCACUUCCACCGCCUCCGGAUGAAGGUGACGUUCACAUAG